AUGAAGAUAUCGUAUAUAGAAGGUGGGCUUCUUGUUGUUGAGCAUGGAGAAAUAGACAAGUGCCUAAAUAAGCUGAUUAUGUUUGAUCUUGACAUGACACUGAUCUCAAAAAAUACUGGUCAAACUUCUAAAGACUGGGAAUACCUGUUUCCGCAAGUGCCUAUGAAGAUCAGAGAACUAAGUAAGCAAGGCUAUUUUAUUGGAAUAGCUUCGAACCAGUCUCAGCUUAUUCGUCUCAAUGUUCUAGAGGAGUUUGUGGAGAAGGUAUGCAAUAUCUUAGCCGAUCUAGAUGCUCCAAUUGUCUUUCUAGCAGCAUUGGAAAGGAAUGAAUAUAGAAAGCCGUCGACAGGGAUGUAUGAAUACAUAUGCCGAGAAUAUGUUGAUGAAUCAAAGAUAACUAAGAAAAUUUAUGUUGGAGAUGCCGUGAAUUCCUCUCUUGGUCCUGGGCACACAAACUCAUGCGAUAGUAAAUUUGCACACAAUGCAGGAAUGGAAUUUAAGCAUCCAGACGAGUUCUUCCGGGGAACUAAGUUAGUGUAUUUUCAUGAGAAUUUUGACAUUAGAAAAUAUAGAGAAGGAAGCUUCGAAACCGAUGGCGAAAAGAAAAUAAUAUUUGUUUUUGGAAGGAAAAAGCAUUGUGGAAAGAGGUUCUUUGCCAAAAAGUAUUUCCCAAACCAUAGGAUCAUUAAUGAAAAAGCAUUUUCCAACAUUCAGGAGAACUGUAUACUGAUUAACUGUGGAGACAGGCAUUUAAUUGAAACAAUUAUGGCCAGAUAUCCCGAACAGUAUUCGAUGUACUACCUAAACUAUCCAAACGAGGUAAUGAAUUAUCUAAAAACCCUGGCAGUUCUUUCUGGGGAAAAGGAAGAAGAGUUUGUUCCACUAGAUGCUUGUACAUUCAGUAUAAUUGAGAAGUACGGGGUAAAGGUCCCCUUUAUAUUUGAUAGCUCCGGAUUUGAUGAGAAAAAGACAAAAUUAUCUAGGAUGCAGCUGUAG